GCUCUGUGCACGAUCGGCAGAUCAAGAGAGGAGCUGUGACCGCGAGCAUCACUCCGGAGGGGGAUCAGCACUGUCAGAUAUUUUCUGAAGCUUCACUGGUGUAACACUUGAAACAAAGGACAGGACAAAAUGACUCUUGCAGCAUACAGAGAGAAAAUGAGGGAUCUCCCCCUGGUGUCCCUCUUCUGUGCCUGCCUGCUCCCUGAACCUCAAGAGAAACCCACAAACAAAGCAGAAGUCGCCGUGGACCUCAACUGGUGCAGGAUGAAGGACAUGGAGGUGAUUGAGCUGAACAAGCGGGCGUCCGGGCAGGCCUUCGAGGUCAUCCUCAGGCCGCCCUCCUUCGACGGCAUGCCCGAGCUCCGAGCCUCCAUGCCCCGCCGCAAGGACCCCUCCCUGGAGGACAUCCAGAAGAAGCUUGAGGCGGCUGAGGAGAGGAGAAGGAUUCAGGAGGCUGAACUGCUGAAGCAUCUGGCCGAGAAGAGGGAGCACGAACGCGAGGUCAUUCAGAAAGCCAUCGAGGAGAACAGCAACUUCAUCAAGAUGGCCAGGGAGAAGCUACAGCAGAAGCUCCAGGCCAACAAAGAGAACCGGGAGGCCCAUCUGGCGGCCAUGUUGGAACGCCUGCAGGAGAAGGACAAGCACGCACACGAGGUUCCAUGAAGCCCUUUUGGAAAGACAAUGAACGCCGGAACUUUUCAGAGAUGACUUACCAAAGGACUGACUAUAUAGCUCUGCUUGUUUGUCGGACAAAAAUAAAGAAGACGACAACGACGACAAUAACACAUUAUAGUGGAGAGAGAACUCGCCAGAGACAGGCUAUUCCUAAGAGUCACCACUGAUAUGUGGACUGACAGGAAAAAUGUGUGGAAACAAACACUACCUAUUUUGUACGGUCUGUGAAAAAGGAGACCUCUCUGUGUAUUACUCAAGUGCCAACGGUGCCAACGGUGUGACCCCAUGCGUCUUCAGGAACCACAACGGAGGAAGGCGAGCGCUACUUUCAGUGCGUGUCUGUGUGUGUGUGUGUGUGUGUGCGUGUG